CAGAGAAGCAUCCGCACUCUUGCUGCUGUCAGCAGAGCUGCAGGGUUGUGUUAUUCAGUUGGUUUUUAUGCACAAUGAAAGAUAACAGCAGGUGAAGUGAGGAUCGAGUCAGGGUGUGACAUCCAGAUCACCCGCCCCAUCAUGGAAACUGAAGAUGACGUCCCAGAUCCUGCUCAGUUUAGCGAUGACACGGCAGCGUGCAUAGUUUCUGUGAAAGGCUUAAAGGAGAACUGGCAGAAGUGGUCCGAUGAGCACCGGGAGUACCAGAAGCACAACCCCUUCAGCCACGACGCCAGGCCCAGCGUGGCGGUCCCUCAGAGGGGCCAGGACGACUACGGGAGGCCCCUGCAGGGCUCCAUGACGGAGCAGCGCGGGAAGGAUGCUCACACACACAUCAGCAGAGAGGUCGAGGAGCUGUGCGAGGUCAUAAGGAACAUUGGAAAGCCUGGAUGCAGAGAUGAUGGGAGGGUGAUCACGGUGGAGUUCGGGAAACUGUUUGAGCAUUACGUGACUAUCUCGAAUAAACUGGUGGGGGUUCUCCUACGAGCCAGGAAGCAGAGGCUGGUUGACUUUGAGGGGGAGAUGCUGUGGCAGGGGAAGGAUGACCACGCUCUUAUCACUCUGUUGUCAUGAUCACAAACUGGGAUUAGUGUUUAUGCCUUGAUUCAUGUUACAUGCAGUGACAAGUAUAGAGAUACUUCAUGGCACUGUGGUAUUCAGAUAGCAGGGGGAUUGCACUAACAUGCACUCUUAUUAAGAAAGAAUAGCUCUUUUUCAUGCUUACACAAGUAAAAACCUCCGUGGCCGAUACAAAUGCUGAAAGAAAUGGAAUGACAUAGUUAAUAACAAUUCAAAACGCCGUUACGAGUUUGGCUCAUACCAGGUGAAAUGCCAAUUAGCAGCAUAUGUCAGCAACAAUAGAAGUCAUCAGCAUGCUGAUAGACGAGUUUUCAAAGCAAUUAAUAGCACUCAAAAAAUGGCAAACUGUUUUUACCUAAAUGCAGGUGCAUCAGUCAAAUGAUAAUAAAAUGAUGUCAGGAUAUGCUAAGCUAAAACUUAAACACAAAUAUACAAUAGAAGUACCGUUUUUUGGGGGCUCAUGUGUUUCCUAGGGUGACUUAGUUGCUUCAAAAAUAGUACAUUUUCAUGUGUCUACAUUAUUUCAUAUACUAGAUUUGAGUGUGUUGCUAAAUCAGAUCUUAGCUGAUUAAACCCCCUUUCGCUAUAUAUCUCCUUCACUAGCUGUUUAUUGCGGGGAAAGUGUCGGAGUGAGCAGCUGAAAUGAAGUCAGAGGAGUUAACGAGUACGAGCCGAAGCCAAAGAGAACACGAGGCUGCCUGUGACAGACAAUAUGGUGCUAUAGGAUGAACUUGAUCCCACUUGGCUCGAUUACAAGCGUGCUUUGUAAUUUAGGGUAACCUUGUUACGGUUUGAAACUUUUAUACACCUGCACCGCACUGAGAUAGAUGUACAAUACGCACAGUACACUGAGAUAGAUGUACAAUACGCACAGUACACUGAGAUAGAUGCACAAUACGCACAGUACACUGAGAUAGAUGCACAAUACGCACAGUACACUGAGAUAGAUGCACAAUACGCACAGUACACUGAGAUAGA